AAUUGUUUUGCAAAGAUGCUAAUGCGAGACAGCAAAGGAAUCAGUGAAGAGCAGCUGAAUGAAUACCGUUCAUCAUUCAAUCAUUUUGACAAAGACCGGCAAGGACUUGACCCAGAACAACUCAAGUCAUGCCUCAUAUCAAUUGGUUACAAUAUUCGACCUGGAAAAGAAGGUGAUCAAGACAUGAACAGAAUACUAUCUGUGUUAGAUCCAAAUCGAAUGGGAAGAAUUCCUUUUGAUGCAUUUUUGGAUUUUAUAACUCGUGAAACAGGUGAUGCGGAUACAGCAGAACAAAUGAUUGAAUCAUUUCGAGUACUUUCUGGCGGAAAAUCAUAUAUCACAGCUGAGGAGAUUCGUCGCGAGUUACCAGCGGAUCAAGCAGAAUACUGUAUCAAGAAAAUGAAGCAUUUUCAAGCAAGCAAUGCUCCACCUGGCUCUUACAAUUAUGUCUCGUUUAGCAGAAGUUUAUAUAACCAAUGA